AUGCCGAGAGCAGUUGGCCAAAGGCGGAAAAAGACCAAGACCGUGGUCGCAUUAAGCGAUGAGGAGAUGGAAGUGGAUGAAAAGCCAGAGCCUUCAACUACUGUUGAAAAGCCAACGAACGAGGCAGUUGUUAAUGGAAAUGGUUCUGUUCAUUCGGAGCCGAAUGAUGCUAAGAAAAACAUAGAGGACGAUGAAGCUGUAGUGGCAGAAGUAGGUUUUUUAUAAGGUUUUUCUGUCUUUAGAUGGGUUUUUGAAGAAGUUUAACAUCUUUUAACGGGUUAGGGUACUUUUUUUCUUGAAGGAAAAUUUUGUAUAUUAAGCAAGGAUAGUGAUCAUUACUAUGGUUUAAGCCAUAACUUUUUUUAAAGCCUAAAUUGAGCUUCGAAAAUUUUUAUGGUUUAUUAAUAUUUUCUUGGUUAGCUGUUAAAUUUAAGACAUUAUCGAAUUUCUUGGUUUUUAAAAAGUUACAACAAAAAGUAUGAAUCAUCUAUGUUUUUAGAUACCUUUAAUUUUAUUACGACCGCCGGAUAAUCAGUCAGUGGAUAGGUUAUUAUUUAAUCACAGAAAACCAGCAACAUUAGAAAACUGCACGGCAAAACAUAAGGCCAAAGUUAAACAUGUGGAAUUGGCAUAUAACUCAUCAACGUCAAAGUUUGGGAAUAAUAAGUAAGACUUUGAUAAUUUCAUCAAUUUUGUAUAGCUUUUAGUAGUUUUAACGCAUUUUAUGGUAUGAAAAAUAAUCUUCUGCAACUUUUAAUAUACAAUUUAGGUAUAACCUGUUGUUUAUUUUAUAGAAAAUACUGAUUAUGUUGUUAUAGAGACGUGUUUGAUGGUCAAUAUUUUGGUGAAUCUUCAGCAUCAGCAAGUCAAUUAGAAAAGCAUGCAUGUGCGUUUUAUCAUGAUGGUAAGUUGGUUUUUUAGCUUUGUAAUUUUUGAAAUUUAGGUAAAAUGUACUUGGUUCCAAUUCAAAACACAUAUGAUAUGCAACGACGGGUUUACAGUAAAAAGUCAAAGGACGAUGUGGAAAAGGCUAAACUUGGUAAGUUUUGUAAAAUACGUGUGGCUUAACUAUUGUUAUUUAAAGCUUGAUGUGUUUUAAAGACUUUUGGAGCUAUGUUUUCUCUUUUUAAUUAAAAAUUGAGAUUAUCCAUCUUCAGAUGAUGCCAAACUUGCUCAACUUAACGCUCCAGUCGUAGCAAACACAGUACGUGUCAAAUUUGCUCGACAAGAAACAGAAUGGCAAAAGAAACGUCGAGAGCAGUCUUCGAAUUAUCGACAACAACUCAUCGACCAAGACCCUUGGCUCGAUUUGAAAGUGAAAAAAGGCGAAGCGGUCGAUGUUUUUGAAAACCAAAUUGAACAAGCUAAAAACAAUGAAGUCGUCCAGUUCGAGGAGGACAAAAUACCGGUACUUUAA